AUGGCAUUUUCCCGCAACAUCAGAGAUUGGACGGUACUAGACGAAGAAAAUUACUCAGACCACCAUUACAUUGUGUACACAGUACAGACGGACCCAAGCUCUAGCAGGAGAAAUGACACUCCGCGCAACGAUAGGAGCUGGAUCACAUCCAAGGACAUCUGCGUAGAGGAAUUCAAAGCAGGCCUUAUAAUGGCGGAUUGGAUUUCCCCACGGCAAGCUGACAUGGGGGAGUACAAUUUAGCUGAUGCCUUCGAGAAAAGGAUGACCGUCGCAUGCGAUUUUGCACUCCAGAGGAAACCCGCAAUGCGAUGUGGCAAAAGACCUCAGCACUGGUGGAACCCGGAGAUAGCUCAACUCCGCUCCAAUUGCUUUGCAGCAAGAAGAGCAUUAAAAAGAGCAGUGACCAGGCAGACCAGGAACGGUGGAGAAACAGCGGUGACUGAAGACCUGCUGGAGAACCUUAAAUCCCGCAAAAAGGCCCUCAGGACGGAGAUAGCAAAGAGUAAAGAACGCGCGUGGAAAGAACUACUCGAAACCGUAGAAAACGACGUAUGGGGCAAGCCGUAUAAGCUGGUAUUGAGGAAACUGCAAGGCCCACCAGCGACGGCGAACAUGGAGCCCACGAUUCUGAAGGAAAUCGUCGCGACGCUCUUUCCAACGAAGCCACCACUCAGCCAAAUAGAGUACAGCCGUGACACCCCCAUCCCAUUCUUCACGCAGGACGAGGUCCGUGAGGCUUUCAAACGUAUGGCCCCCAGAAGGAAAGCACCCGGCCCGGAUGGACUUACCAACUGCAUACUCGCAGCAGCCCACAGGGCAGAAGCAACCCUCGUCAGGGGAAUGUUCAACGAGUGCCUGCGAGUAGGUGACUUCCACAUGAAAUGGAAAAACUCAAGAUUAGUGCUACUCAUGAUUAUACAAUCAUGCCGGAGACCACCCCACUCGAGCAAGAACCCCAGGAAAUCAGUGCACUGGUGGAACCCGGAGAUCAGGGCGCUAUUCCACACGGCUAACCAUCUACGGCGAACGUAA